AUAUAUACAUCCAGAACGAAUCGCCAUUGCCAUCAACACCACACCAGCAGCAGAAGCAUUCCGAUCGAAAGCACAUCGCAUUCGGCCAGUUCGAGGGUACCAUCGAAGAAGAAGAAGCCGCAUCCAUGGACAGGGUCAGCAACCGCGCCUACGAGGAGUACAACCCCUCCAUCGAGUGGAGCCGCGGCGCCGAGGCCGACAGCGUCAAGAUCGUACUCCCAGGGUUCAAGAAGGACGACAUACGCGUGCUGGUGGACAACCACGGCCACCUGCGGACGCACGGCGAGCGGCACCUCGCCGGCAACCGGUGGAGCCGCUUCCAGAAGGACUUCCAGCUCCCGGACAACUGCAUCGCCGGCCGCAUCCGCGCCAAGUUCGACAGCGAGACGCUCACCAUCACGCUCCCCAAGAAGACCCCCUCGCCGCCGCCCGCUCCGGUGAUGCCCGUGCCCCCCAAUUUGGAUUUGAUGCCCAUGGGGGGGUCGGUGCCGCCGGCGAUCCGGGACUCGGCCCCGAGGCCUGCUGCGCCGCCCGCGGUGCCAGCGGCGCCGCUGGUUCCUGCCACUUCCCGGAGGCAACCCGCCGAGCGCAGGCCGUCGCUGCCGAGGAAGCCGUCAGCUGUUGAGCCGCCGGCGCCGGAGCUGCCGGCGCGGCUGCCCUCCGUUCCGACGCCUGCUGCGGCCACCGAGCCCAGGUCGUCGCUGCCGAGGAAGCCGUCGGUUGUUGAGCCGGCGCCGGAGCUGCCCGCGAGGCUGCCCUCCGUUCCGCCUGCUGCGGCCACCAAGCCCGAGCCGUCGCUGGCUGCCUUCCAGAGGGCGAAGGAGGAGGAGGAGGAGAAGCGGAUGGAGAGGGAGAUGAUGGGGAAGAUGGAGGAGGACAGGAAGGCGGCGCAGGAGAAGGAGAAGGAGAAGGAGAAGGAGAAGGCCCAGGAGCACCAGGACGAGGCGGCGACGGGAGAGAUGGCGAUGGCGCGCCAGCCCAGGCCGGCGUCCGCGGCCCGCGGGCUGCUGGUGAACGUGGCAGUCGCGGCGGUGUUGCUCCUCGCGAUCACCGUCUACGUGUGGCACAACCUGCGGAACGCAGCCGGCGGCACUGGAGGCCACGGCCAUGGGCAGCUGGGAGCCGGGAGCUACGGCGACGAGAUGUGAGCAAGCUGAAUCGAGGUGUGGCGUGCGAGUAGCCGAGUAACAGUAAACUGGCCAGGAGCCAAUGCAAGUAUAUACGAGUAUAUUACAUACACACACUUAUACAUGGCAGGCGUGGGGUACAUAUAUGGGUGCUGUUUGUUUAUCAUCUGGUGUGACGGCUUAAGAAGCUUAAAGAUGGGUAUUUGCUUGGGAUAUCAAUUUCAGAAAAAUAAAAUGAUCGUGUGUGUGUGUGUGUGUUACAAAACUCCACAGAAUAGUAGAUGUGCCAUGCCUGUGAAACAUUGCAGAGUAUGAAUGGAAAUAGAAAACGGUAAACGGAGGUCGUGAGAUUUGUGCA